UACGUUAACGUUGGACACACAGCUAGGAAUACGUCUGAUUGUUCCUUUCUUUCCCAGGCAUCUUUUGACGAGAGACGGAACCCUAGUUCACAGACGUGGACUAAUGCCCAGAGGAGUGUUCAGAAGGAGGAUGACCUGCUACGUGUGGCGUGUUGGCUCGGCAUCUUUUGACGAGAGACGGAACCCUAGUUCACAGACGUGGACUAAUGCCCAGAGGAGUGUUCAGAAGGAGGAUGACCUGCUACGUGUGGCGUGUUGGCUCGGCAUCUUUUGACGAGAGACGGAACCCUAGUUCACAGACGUGGACUAAUGCCCAGAGGAGUGUUCAGAAGGAGGAUGACCUGCUACGUGUGGCGUGUUGGCUCGGCAUCUUUUGACGAGAGACGGAACCCUAGUUCACAGACGUGGACUAAUGCCCAGAGGAGUGUUCAGAAGGAGGAUGACCUGCUACGUGUGGCGUGUUGGCUCGACGACAGAAGAGUGCACAGGCCGUACUCCUUCAAGUGCUCGCAGUGCGGCGCCGCGUUCAACACCGAGUCGUCCCUCACCCUGCACCGCCGGUCGCGGCUCCCCUGCACGGGAAGGAGGCACCGUUGCCGCCUGUGCAACUACGCCACCGACUACACGACCAGCCUCAGGGCGCACGAGAGGACGCACACGGGCGAGAAGCCCUACAUCUGUCACAUCUGCUUCAAAAGGUUCUCGCAGAAGGGAACGUUGAAGGCGCACUCCAAGACGGUCCACAUGGGAGAGCAGGCCCUGCAGCUGUGGACGUAGACGCCCCUCGAAAAAGGAUUCUCGCGGAAGGGAGGAAAGGUUGGAACACAUUCCAGGACAGUUCACGUGGGCGUAGAUCUCGAAGGACACGCGUCGUUUCAGUAGGAAACGUGCGUCGACAUGUUUCUGCACGGGCGCUGCAUGAAGGCAUUUAAACUGUCGUCUACACUGAUUGUGCUGAUUGAAGACAUUUAAACUGUCGUCUACACCCAUUAUGCCAGUUGAUGGCAUUUAAACCGUCGUCUACACUGAUUAUGCCGAUUGAACACAUUUAAACUGUCGUCUACACUGAUUAUGCAAUUGGAGGCAUUUAAACUGUCGUCUACGCUCAUUAUGGACGUAGAUCUCAAAGGACACAUCGUUUCAGUAGGAAACGUGCAUCGUCGUGUUUCUGCACGGGCGCUGCAUGGAGGCAUUUAAACUGUCGUCUACACUGAUUGUGCUGAUUGAGGACAUUUAAACUGUCGUCUACACUCAUUAUGCCAGUUGAUGGCAGCAUUUAAACCGUCGUCUACACUGAUUAUGCCGAUUGAACACAUUUAAACUGUCGUCUACACUGAUUAUGCAAUUGGAGGCAUUUAAACUGUCGUCUGCACUCACUAUGCCGAUUGAAGGUAUUUAAACUGUCGUCUACACUGAUUAUGUUGAUCGUAGGAGGGACUUGGACGUGUUGCUUGUACUCGUGCAACUCUGAGGAUAUGCAUAUAAACAUGUGCGAUGUACUACCUGAUGCCGCAUGCAGAAAAUCCAUUUUGUGUUUGUCCUGUCUUUGCAGUACCGCGGGUUGUUCUGACUUUUGAAGAACGAUGUUGCAUUGAAAGUGUUGGACAAAGUCUUGAUGUGAGUUGAUUAGUGCUUUGUUUGGCGAUUUGAGAUCUGAGGACUCAGGAAUGCGUCCAGCUUCAGAGACAUCUCGAGGCCAACUCCUACCUGGGGCACAAUAGGGUGCCCAAAUACUAGGUCCCUCUGGAUAGGACGAAGACAACCGCGUCGUCUGCUACGAACCUCCGCCAUCUUUAUGUCCACGCGGAACUCGCAUUGUGCUCAGAGAAGUACAGCCAUACGCUUACCUACACACUAUUAUAAUUUGGAGUUGAGUAAAUACGUAGCCCUGGAUAGGGCGAAAGACAACCGUGUCGUCUGCUACGAACCUCCGCCAUCUUUGUGCCCGCGCACAACUCUCGACGCCCUCUCUCGCACCCUUAGAAGGAUUUGUCUAAAUAUUUCGCAGUACGCAGAGAAAAAAAAAUUGGCCUAGAAUUUAUAUACUCGCUCCUCAUCUUUAGUUUUACACACAUGAGCAGUAGGUUAUUGUGUUGAGGAAGUCUUCUGCACUUCGAGGUUGUACGGAAAAAUUCUGUGAGGAAAAAAAAGUGAAAUGGUAAAAAGUGAUCCAGAAAAGUUCUAUUCUGCAGCGAAAGUUCCGCAGGCUCUCGCUCUAUUACGCCGCCUCACUAGCUUGCAGGCCCCCUCGACCCAUCUGGGGGCGUCCGCCCCUCUCAGGACGGCCCUCUCCAAUAUUGUGGAAAAUAUUUCUGACAAGGAAUCAAUCAACAGAUCUGUAACUAGUCAAUAGCCAAAUAGACAGUGAUCACUCAGUGCAAAGAGUAUGAUGUCAGUACUCUGGAAAAGUAUACUUUUUUUUUUACCUUUGGUUCAUGACGUGAGUUGUAUUUAAUUUUUGGUUGUCUUCAUUGAAGCCACAGUAUUUUGAAAAACGUAUAUUCAACCAUUACUUUGGCCAAAGAAUGAAUGUUGUACUGUCAUGCCGAGGAAUUGUCAACAUAUUUAUGCUGUGCUAUGGAAAGUUGUUUUCGUUUUUGAAUGUGUGUGUGUGUGUCUUGGUUUCUCCUUUGCAAGGGUUAACCUUGAGUCCUAUUCAAGAUCAAUUCAUGUGUAAUGCUAGA